CGCGACUGCAUCAAUCAUUGGAGGUGCGAUGGCAGCUGCCACUAGCUCUGGCCAUUCCGGGAUGGCUACUUGACGAUCAAAGGGUUCCGUCUGGUGCCAACUUGCGAUCCAGCCACUGCUUUUUUUCAUUACUCCGGAAAUACUAAUUAAAUAAGACGAGGCGCCCCUCCGCGCAAAAUCACAAUGGGCAGAAUGUGGCCGAUUUCCUCACGUCGACCACCGCCAUGUCCACACAGUCAACGCCAAUUCCCCAGCCCCCGGGCAUCCCAUUGCUGGGCAAUGUUUUCGACGUGGACCCCAGCAACACAUGGUGGUCGCUCAAAACGCUGGCCGAGAAGUAUGGCGAAAUCUUCCAGAUCAAGGUGCUGGGACACAAAAUCGUGUUCGUGGCCAGCGCCGCACUGGCCGAAGAGCUGUGCGACGAGAAGCGUUUCCGCAAAUACGUCGGCGGUCCGGUCGUGGAGAUCCGCCACGCCGUCCACGAUUCGCUGUUCACGGCCUUCGACCACGAGGAGAGCUGGGGCGUGGCCCAUCGCAUCAUCGCGCCGCAGCUCACGUCCGAAGCCAUCGCCAGCCACUUCGACGAGACACUCCUGUGCGUCGACGAGCUGGUGGCGAAAUGGCGCGGGCUCGGCGCCUCCAGCAACCGCAUCCGCCCGCUCGACGACCUCAACCGCCUCAACCUCGAGGCCACCACGCUGACCUUGUUCGGCAAGAAGCUGAAUUGCCUGGAGGGCCCGGAGCACCCGAUGAUCCGGGCGAUGGAGGACUCGACGUCGGAAGCCAUCAAGCGGCCGACGCGGCCCAAGCUGCUCAACUGGCUGGUGUACGGCGGGAAGCUGAAGAAGGCGACCAACACGAUGCGCGCGUUCGCCGCGGAGCUGGUCAAGGACCGCCGAGAGAACCACGCCUCCGAUGACGGCCGCCGCGACCUGCUCUGGACGCUGCUCAACGCGCAGGACCCGGAGACGGGCAAGACGCUGUCCGAGUCGCAGGUCAUCGACGAGAUCGUGACCAUGCCGAUCGGCAGCAGCACCGCGCCGUGCGCCAUCGCGGCGGGGAUCCUGUUCCUGCUGCAGAACCCGGACGCGCUCGCGCGGGCACGGGACGAGAUCGACGCCGUGGUCGGAGACGGGCCCUUCCGGCAGGAGCACCUGUCGCGGCUGCACUACGUGACGGGCGUGGUGCGCGAGACGCUGCGGCUGUCGUGCGCCGCGCCGGGGUUCAACAUCGAGCCGAUCCCCAAUCCGGGCGACCAGUCGCCGGUGCUGCUGGCGGGCGGCAAGUACCAGGUGGCGCACGACCAGGCCAUGAUCAUCGUGCUGGCCGGCGCCAACCGCGACCCGGCCGUGUUCGAGGAGCCGCUGGCCUUCCGGCCGGAGCGCAUGAUGGGCGACGCCUUCGAGCGGCUGCCGGCGGGCGUGAAGAAGUGGUUCGGCAACGGCAAGCGCGAGUGCAUUGGCAAGCACUGGGCGUGGGAGUUCCUGAUGCUGGUCACGGCCAAACUGAUCCGCGACGUCGAUUUUGAGGCGGCGGAUCCCAAGUAUCAGCUGAAGCAGGAUGGCUGGUUCAACAUCCGGCCCAUCGACUUCUGGGUCAGGGUGAAGCCGAGGGCCCGUUGAGCCUCGAUAUGUUAGUGGUAUUUUGUGUAGGUUUGCGGGUGGGGUGGCGUGUUCUCGUUGGUCAGGGGUCCGUCCCACGGAUAACACUUUUGUCGGACGCUUGCUCCUGUUUUGGCUGCUAAGUAUUUCUGGAAGAGAUCUACAUGCGUCACCUGUCCUCGCCGAUGCUCGUGAUACGUCUGUGCGCCAUGCACUGAUCUAAUGCUGUUCUGUUGUUCGCACUGUAAGUUCGGAACCGCCUUAAUGAAUGGCCAGGGGGCACCAUUGACAUGUCGUGACGGGGACUACAUGGGUAGGUGCGGGGCCGUAGUGUCAUGCCCAUGGACCCGGC